AUGGCCUCCAGUUCCGUUGCCCCUUGGGCAGGAGACGCCUCCGACAACGCGUUCGGGCCUGUUAGCCACCUGAGGCCAUUUGAUUUCACUAUCAACUUUGAGCAGGCUAUAUUGUCGAUAAUUCCUUCGACGAUCCUGCUAUUGGCUGGACCACCCCGACUGCUCCAUCUGUCUCGUUGUGAACGAAAGACGCGCUCCGAACAUGGCUGUUUUUUGAAGUUGGUCGUUGCCUCAAUAAAUUUCGCCCUUCAACUAUCACUCCUGGUGCUAUGGAGCGUAUCAGUUGCUUCGCAGACGUCGACUAGCAUCCCUUCUGCUGCUCUGGGCCUCGCCAAUUCUACUAUUAUCAUUGGGCUAUCCUAUGUCGAGGACAUAAAAUCCACAAGUCCCUCUUCUCUGUUGACUGUUUAUCUGCUUCUCUCGGUUCUAUUCGAUGCGACGCAGAUUCGGACACUAUGGCUUACAGAUCGAGUCAUCAUUGCAGCUGUACAGAGUGCAAUCCUUGCGACAAAACUCGCUAUGCUCAUAUUGGAGACCCGAGAGAAAACAUCUUAUCUGAAUCCCCCCUACAAAGAGUAUCCGCCCGAGGCAACAUGUGGAAUUGUUAAUCUGAGCUUCGUCUGGUGGCUGAACCGACUUUUUCUGACUGGUUGUCGGAAGAUCAUUGGGAACCAGGACCUUUUUGCUCUUGAGCCUGGCCUUACCUCCGGCAAUACAGGCGAAAGGCUGAAAAGAGCGUGGGAGAAGCAUGGUCUGGUAUCUUCUCCGGAGUUGGAUAUAUCAUACGCUGACACGCGCCCAGGUAAAGCAGAGAACAACCUUUCCUUGCCUUGGGCCUUUGCCUGCUGUUUCUGGUGGGAAUUCCUCACCGUGGCCUUUCCUCGAGUGUGUAUGAUUGGGUUCAACUUUGCCCAGCCAUUCAUGAUCACAGCAGUUUUGGUCUACAUAGAGGACCCGAUCACACCAGAGAGCUGGAACCGUGGAUAUGGUCUCAUCGGAGCCACAUUUUUGAUUUACAUUGGACAUCGGUUCUCCAGAGUCAGCACUUUGUUCCGUGGCACAAUGAUCUCAUUAAUCCACGACAGGACCUUGACACUUCAGGACGACCUCUUUGCAGAAAGUGCAGCUCUCACGUUGAUGAGUACAGAUAUUGACGGCAUAAUUGAGCAUCUGGAAAACUUCAAUGACGUCUGGGCUCGCACGAUUGAAGUGGCAAUUGGCAUAUGGCUACUUGAAAGACAAGUGGGUGCAACUUGCGUGGUUCCAUUGAUUCUGACUCUAGCAUGCCUGGGUGGUCAAAAGCUUGUGGCGAAGACAAUCGGAAAGAAUCAGCAAAAUUGGAACCUCGAAAUCCAGAAGAGGAUUCAGAAUACAUCCUCCGUACUGGGUUCUAUCAAAGCCACUAAGAUUUCAGGACUCUCUGGAAAACUAUCCCAGGCCCUCCAGGGGCACCGCGAACGAGAACUCUUUGUAUCUCGUGCUUUCUUCAAGGGGAUCAUGUUGUUAAACGGUCUAGCAAGUCUGCCUCGGAUAUGGUCGCCUGUCGUUACCUUCAUUAUCUACGCUGUACAAGCACAAAUUAGGGCCGACGACUCCCUUACUACCGUGAAAGCCUUCACCGCUCUGAGUAUCAUUACACUCGUCACUACGCCCGCGGAAAGACUGCUCGCUGUCUUACCACAGCUAGCGGCUGCCAUGGGAUGUUUCCAGCGGAUUCACGGAUACAUGGUACCUGAACCAGUGAAAGAUGGCCGAGUUGGCAAGAAAAAGCUUCCACUGUUUCCAUCAGACAAGGACGGACCGGAGGUUGCCAUUGCCUUGGAUAGCGUUACUGUCUUACCUUCGCAGAAGGCUACAAGCACCUCCCUCAAUGACGUGUCAUUCAAAGUCGCUAGUGGCAGCCUGGUGAUUGUUAUUGGCCCUGUCGGCUCAGGUAAAACUACAUUGCUAAAGACCAUCUUAGGGGAGCUUGGUUGUCUCUCAGGUGUCGUGUCUAUCAAAUCGAGCAGAGUAUCUUAUUGUAGCCAGAAUCCAUGGUUGCUCAAUACAACAAUCAAGAAAAGCAUAACUGGUAUCUCGGACCACGAGGUCGACGAGAAGUGGUACAAAACUGUCAUAUAUUCAUGCUGCUUGGAUGAGGACAUUCGUCGUUGGCCUGACGGUGAUCAAAGUGAGAUUGGAAGUAAGGGUCUUGCCCUUUCGGGAGGUCAAAAACAGAGAGUGGCACUGGCUCGUUCGGUGUACAGUCGCCACGAUAUAGCCUUGCUCGACGACGUCAUGAGUGCGCUGGAUGCGCAAACGCAAGAAAUGAUCAUUCAACGACUUCUCUCUCGUGAUGGAAUAUUUCCCCGACUCCUUGGAAUCGCAGAUAGUGUGGUCUCGCUAGUCUCAGAUGGUCGAGUUGACCUUCAAACAAUAGGGAGUGAGGCCAUUCUCAAUACAAAUUUCUGGCAGGAUAGACAGUAUUCGGAUGCGCAAAUGCAGGAUGACCUCAACGACAAACCCAAUGCUCAUUCAAACAAAAUGGCUUCGAACUCUGACCCUAUUCGUGAGAUCGAGAAUAUGGAUCGAACUCGGCAAAUUGGAGAUCUAUCAGUGUAUUAUUACUACGCGCGAACAGUCGGUCCAGUUCUUUGCGCCGUCUUCCUUGUUGGACAUGUUCUCCUAGCAUUCGCCGAGAGCUUCCCACAAGUGUGGUUGAGCAGAUGGACUACGGCAGGGGGCGGACAGCUUCCUCUCUAUUUAUCUGUUUAUGCUGUCUUAGCACUGGCAGAAUCGCUUCUUACUAUUUGGUGCAUAUGGGUCAUCUUCCUUGAACUGAUGCCGAAGUCGGCCAUUCGUUUGCACUGGUUGCUUUUGGAUACGACUAUACGGGCGCCGCUGUCUUUCUUUGCCGCCACUGAUAAUGGUGUGACCCUGAAUCGCUUUAGUCAAGAUAUGAUCCUGGUGGACCUGGCCCUUCCUAUUGCGUUGAUGUCUUCCGCCGAGUCGUUUUUUGGAUGUAUUGCUACCGUUGGUCUGAUCGCUAUGGGGUCUCCUUUUAUGGCGACAACAAUACCGCUCACACUGAUCGUGCUCUAUUUCUUGCAAAAGAUUUAUCUGAAGACAAGUCGCCAACUGCGAUACCUCGAUCUGGAAUCUAGAAGCCCGUUGUACUCUCACUUUGCCGAGGUCCUCGAAGGCCUGCCGACAAUCCGGGCCUUUGGCUGGCAAGCCGCCUCAUCAGAAAUUCUAAUUCGGCAUCUUGAUGAGUCCCAAAAGCCAUACUAUAUGCUACUAUGCGCACAGAGGUGGUUGAAUCUGGUGUUGGACAUCGUGGUGAUGGCAUUAGCAACUGUUGUAGUAACGCUAGCCGUCAUGCUGCGUAGCAGCACAGAUUCGAGCCUCCUCGGCGUCGCGCUCAACAAUAUCCUUGGAUUCAACCAAUUGCUGUCAUACUUCAUCACAUCAUGGACGACUCUGGAGACCUCACUCGGAGCGAUAGCCCGUGUCAAGUCAUUUGUUGAGACAACACCAUCGGAAGACCAACCGGGUACAUCCGCAGAACUGCCUACAUCCUGGCCUGAUAGAGGGGAGAUUAGCAUACAGGGUCUCUCUCUCCGCUAUCCGGACGGGACUCUGGCUCUGGAUAACAUCUCUAUGCACAUAUGCCCCGGCGAAAAGAUCGGUGUCUGCGGCCGCACUGGCAGCGGGAAAAGCUCCCUCACACUAGCCAUGAUGCGCCUUGUGGACUUCUCACAUGGCAAUAUCACAAUCGAUCAGACUGACAUUUCCAAGGUCACGCCCGCAUCAAUCCAAGAGAGGCUGAUAGCUGUUCCGCAGGAUUCGUUCACACUUUUGGGAACCAUCCGCUAUAAUGCAGACAUUAUGGGACUCUCCAGUGACAGCGAGAUUACAUCUUUGCUGAAGCAGAUCGGCGUGUGGGCAGCAAUCGAAAGCCGCGGGGGCCUGGACGCACUCCUUGAGGACCAUCCACUGUCACAAGGAGAGCAGCAACUCUUCUGUCUGGCACGGGCAAUUCUUAAAAGACAAGCCAGUAAGGCUGGAUGUCAGGUGCUAAUUCUGGAUGAAGCCACGAGUAGUCUUGAUGUCCAAACAGACCGGCGCGUGCAGAGAGUGAUGAGAGACGCUUUCCAUGACUGUACUGUUUUCAGCGUCGCUCAUAGAGUAUGUUCCCAGUUCCAUCUAUCACCUAAGAACAAGCUAAUUGUUGAACAGCUUGACACAAUCGUAGAGUUUGAUCGAAUUGCAGUACUGGAUGGUGGAUUUCUUGUCGAGUUUGAUACUCCACGAAAUCUUCUUGCUAGAGAGGGUUUAUUCAAGCAAAUGUACUCUGGUACAGAUAAAUAA